AUGCGAUGCGCCACCUUGCUGCGUGCCUACUCUUCUGUCAGCCUUCCUCCUCCCUCCUUUGCCGGAGCCGCCUUCGCGGCUGAAGCGCAUGAGCCAUCAGCGGAGCCGUGGCUCUCGUCCUUGCUCGGCCGGUGCUCCGGCUUCGCCCACGUCGCCCAGGCCCACGGGUUCAUGGUCUCCCGAGGGCUAGACCAGGACAAUCGCCUCCUCGGCAGGUUCGUCGACGGCUGCGCCGUCCUGGGCUUCAGGGCUUACGCUUAUUGUGUCUUCUCCCAGAAAGAGGACCCAGACAUUUACCUCUGCAACACCAUCAUCAGAGCCCUCGCGCAGACGGAUUUGGCGAGGGUCGCCAUUGGUCUGUUCCGCAGGGUUCAGCUCCAGUGCCUCCGACCGGACACAUAUUCCUUCCCCUACGUGCUGAAGGCGGCCACCCACUUGUCCGAAAUUGGAGUCGGGAGGGAGAUUCAUGGACAGAUUGUCCGCAUUGGGCACUGCGGUGACGUUCACGUCGCCACAGCCCUCAUCCAGAUGUACUCUGUCUGCGGGGAAAUCGGCGAUGCCCGCCACUUGUUCGAUGAAAUGCCUCGCAGAGAUGUCAUCGCCUGGAAUGCCUUGGUCGCUGGGCACGCCAGGCAGGGGGACAUGGAGCGCGCAAGUGCUCUAUUUGAGCGAAUGCCGGAGCGGAACGUCAUCUCCUGGACCACCGUCGUCGCCGGCUACGUGCAGAGCGGCUCUCCGGCAAAGGCCAUCGAGGUCUUCCAGCGGAUGCAGCUCGAGGAGAACGUUCAACCCGACGAGAUCGCCCUGCUCGCUGCGCUCUCCGCCUGUGCCCGCAUGGGUGCCCUUCAGACGGGCGAGUGGAUCCACGAGUACAUCGUGAGGCGCCGCUUGCGGAAGAUCGUCCCCCUGAUGAACGCCCUGAUCGACAUGUACGCGAAAUCCGGCAACAUAAGCAAGGCAAUCGAGGUGUUCGAGGGAAUGACUCAGAGGAGCGUCAUAAGCUGGACGACGGUGAUCGCCGGCAUGGCCCUGCACGGGCUCGGCUUUGAAGCCGUGGAGAUGUUCCAGAGAAUGGAGAAGGCCAGAGUUCCUCCGAACGACGUCACCUUCGUUGCCAUCCUCUCCGCGUGUAGCCACCUGGGUCUUGUCGCCUUGGGCCGCCACUACUUCGACCGCAUGCGCUGCAGGUACCAAAUCAGGCCGAGGAUCGAACACUAUGGCUGCAUGGUGGAUCUCCUGGGCCGCGCAGGUUUCCUGAGAGAGGCGAGAGAGCUGGUCGAAGAUAUUCCCUUCGAGGCCAACGGGGCCAUCUGGGGCUCCCUUCUAGCGGCAGCCAGGAGCCACAGUGAUGCGGGUCUGGGGGAGGUUGCCAUGAGGAAGUUAGUCAAGCUGGAGCCACACAACAGCGGGAACUACUCCCUUAUGUCUGAUAUCUACGCCUCGCAGGGGAGGUGGUGUGAUGUGGGGAGGAUGAGGAAGCUGAUGAGAGACCAUGGCCUGAAGAAGAAGGCCCCCGGGGGAAGCUCCGUCGAAGUGGGCGGGGCCGUCCACGAGUUCACCGCUGGGGAUUCUUCCCAUCCUCACUUGCAGAGUAUACUCAAAACCCUGCUCGAUAUCAAUGCCCACCUUAAGAUGGUGGACUUCGUUGUAGAAGAAGCGUCAUACUUCUAA